AUGGCAGAAAACAAUGAUAAUAUUAUUCGUUCUCCAAUGGAACUCAAUGGUUUAUCGAAAUACUUCUCAUUGAUACGUCAUCGAGUAGUUGAAUAUGCCAUAUGGACAUUUUGUGAAUUAGGCAUUGCUGAUCUUAUGAAUAAUCAUAAAAUGCCAAUAACAGCAUUAGAACUAAGUCAAUUACAUGACAACAAUUGGAAUGCUGAAUAUCUCUAUCGAUUAUUACGUGUCAUUGCUGAUUCUGGUAUUAUAACUCAAACAAAUACGGAUGAAAAACAUUUAAGCCAACCAGAGCAAACAAUUCGAUUUGAAUUGUAA